GGACGGUGGCGCCAUGGCAACGGCGGGGCCGCGCCUCGCUCCUUCUUCCGGCCUGGCUACGUCACUUCCGGCGGGCCCGCGGCGAGGACAAGAUGGCGGCGCUGGGUGAGCCGGUGCGGCUUGAGCGAGACAUCUGCAGGGCAAUCGAGUUGCUGGAAAAAUUACAGAGAAGUGGAGAAGUGCCACCACAGAAACUACAGGCUUUGCAAAGGGUCCUUCAAAGCGAAUUCUGUAAUGCUGUAAGGGAGGUGUAUGAGCACGUAUAUGAAACUGUGGAUAUCAGCAGUAGCCCGGAAGUGAGAGCUAAUGCAACAGCAAAGGCCACUGUAGCUGCAUUUGCUGCUAGCGAAGGUCAUUCGCAUCCCAGAGUGGUUGAACUGCCAAAAACUGAAGAAGGUCUUGGAUUCAACAUCAUGGGAGGCAAAGAACAAAAUUCUCCGAUCUAUAUCUCCCGAAUUAUCCCCGGGGGUAUAGCUGAUAGGCAUGGAGGCCUGAAACGUGGAGACCAGCUUCUUUCAGUAAACGGAGUGAGCGUCGAGGGUGAGCACCAUGAAAAAGCAGUAGAACUACUGAAGGCAGCCCAAGGAAAGGUAAAAUUAGUUGUACGAUACACACCGAAGGUCCUGGAAGAAAUGGAGUCAAGAUUUGAAAAAAUGAGAUCGGCGAAACGCAGGCAGCAAAACUAGCAUUGAAUGCAAUGACUUAAAAAAAUAUAUAUAUAUGCCCUUUACGUUGUAUAGUUUGGUUUGACUCGGUCGAUGCAAUGCCCGGGGUACAGAAGUUACUGUUGUUUUCAUAGAACUGCAGAAUGAUGGAGGUUGCGGAGGGCUCUUGGAGAUCAUGUAGCCCAAGUCCCCUGCUCAGAGCACGGUCAGCUAGAGCAGGUUGCUUAGGGUUGUGACAAAUUGGGUCACGAGCAGCUCCAAGGAUGGAGACUCCAUGAGAUCUCUGGGCAACCUGUUCUAGUGUUUUGAUCUCCCUCCUGCUAAAAAGAUAUGUUUUUCUGUUCAAAUGGAGCUUAUAUUGUAGUUUAUGGGUGUUGCCGCCUCUUGUCCUGUCACUGGGUACCGCUGGGAAGAGUCUAUUUUUCUUUUGUUUAAAUUCUUCCCAAUCAGCCAUUUCCACAUGUUGUUAAGAACACCCCUGAGCGUUCUCCAAGCUAGACAGUCUCAGUUGUCUCAGCCUCUCCUUGUUUGUCAGAUGCUCCGAUCACUUAAAUCAUCUUUCUGCCAUUUCUCUGGACAUACUCUUGUAUGCCUAUGUCUGUCUUGCACUGAGGAACCCAAAGGUGGACACAUCAAUUAUGUCUCUUAAGGGCUGAGUGGAAGAGAAGCAUCGCUUCCCUUGACUUGCUGCAGACCAGUAGGCCGUUGGCCUUCUUUGCUGCGAUGUUACAUCAGUGGCUUAUAAUCAGUUUGGUAUCUUUGUCCGCAAGGCUGUUUUCCAGCUGGCCAGCCACCAGCCUGUGCUGGUGUAUGAGAUUGUUCCUCUCCAGGUGUAGGACUUGCGCUUUCUUUUGCUGAACAUCGAGCUUCUUGAUCGUUCAUUUCUGCAGCCUCCCAGGGUUCGUCAAAGUGGCGUGCGAGGAGUGUACUCCGUCCCAUCGCCCCUGUUAGUAACCAAUCUGUUGAACGCCAUGGACCCCAGCGCUGACCCCUGGGCUAUGUCAGUAGUGACUUGAUUCCAGCAGGAUUUUGUGCCACCAGUCACAGCCUUUGGCAGUUCCCCUUUCUUCAGAAGGUUUUCUUUUCAGUUUCCUUGCUUUUUUUUUUUUUUUACAGUUGAAGAAGAAUGUGUCCUUUUAAAAUCACCUUGCGUACCCUACAGAAAGUAUGUAUGUUGAUUUUUAUAGAUCUUUUUCACAUUAGACCUCUAAGAAUGAAAACAAAUUCACAGGAUUUUCAAAGGCAUUUAAUAAGACCUGUUUCUAGAAUUGACAUCACUUUCUUCCUAUUUUGUUUCUUCAUUUAACAUCUUCAGUUUUCUUGCUGAAUUACUGUGCAAAGUGGAUUUUUAUGUAGCAGUAUUUUGGCACUUUUCUUAGGAACAUGUUACAUGUGUAUUGACUACAGAACCUAUUCAUGAUCAGUUGCAUAGCUGAGAAUGAUUACCAGAUUUUGUAAUGUUUUGGUGAGUACAUUAUUUUUACGCUUCUGCUAAAUCAUAAUUCGUUACUCUGGAAAUUUUAUUACCUCACCUGUAAAUAAUUUCCAAUUGGUGUUCUCGUGUAACGACUUUCUAAGAACUCACAUUUACAAAUUUGCAACAAUCAUUCCUGUAACUUACGUUGUUUUGUACUGAUUUUCAAGCAGUUAAGGGGAGAAGAUAUAGCUGCGUUAGCAGUUCUGGGUUGAUUCUCGAUAUGUAUUUUUGUAUUCAGAUACUGAAGAUAUGUUAAUGCUUUCAAAAGAAUUCCAGACAUUUCCCUGACUUUCUGCUGUUUUAAAAACGUUCAUUUUAAUGGUCAUAACUCUUUUGUGGCUUCAGUAUGUCUUAUUGUAAUCAUACAUAUGGAGGAACUAUGCAGGACUUGGAGUAGUUAGUACCUAAAUCACAGAUCAUUGCAUCUGGAAAACAUUCUGAGGCUUACGUGUCAAGUAGCUCUGGGGUGAACUUGUUUGGGGUUUAUCACUGAACUGCUUCCGAUUUGAAGGGCUCGCGGUUGUAGGAAUGGUAGCAUCAACACCACUCUAGAAGUUUAUAUGGAAUGGUGCUGGGAUAGUAGUAAUAAGAAGCCUCCAGGUGUAAGCGCUUCAUGUCUUUGCUCGAGUGUGGUUGAUGGUGGCACGCUUCUGGUGUGCCAUUUGGAAAAACUUCUAUCUGGACACAGGUACGCUUCUUGGAACCUACCAGGUUUGACGCUGUACUUGCAUACUUGAUUUUAAAAACUUCACUUCUUGGUAUAUAUCUGUAAUUAACUGGAUUGUCUACUGCAGUCUGUUCACUUGUAUGGCAGCUACGAGUGCGUUCUAAUGGAUGAUUAGCAAUUUGAUUCUUAGAGGCUUCAACUGAAAAGUGCAGUUCUGACCGUGAGUCUGCUCCCUGAAUUUUUCACAUGGAGCAGGACAACCCGUUGUGAAACAAUCCAGUACGUGAAAGAAAGCAAAAGGUUAAGGGUAUAAAAAUGACAGCGUGAAGUUUGUGCGUUUUCAGUUGAGCUGCUGGAGAAGAGAAAAUGUGAUCGCUACCGACCAGUGAGAAAUGUGUUUCCUUUCUGCAUGUUUGUAAGCAUGGAGAGCCUGCAAAUAGAAGCUGGGAUUUUUAAAGAUACUGAUAGUUUGAAAAUGCAGUAUAAAUAUUUAACGGUUAGAUGACAGUGAGCACUGAAUUGCGUGGUUUAUGAUCUGUCAUAGGCCUCUGUCUAAAGGCCUCAUGUCACCGAUAGAACCAUGCUAUUGAAUUGUAUAUUUUUAUGGAGCAACUAAUGUUUAAAGUACUGAGACCAAAAUCACUAGAUAGCGCAAUCGUGGAUGUGUUUUAAUUUAAUUGUAAAAUAGUAGAUAUUUGUUUUAGAGCUAUAUAUAAAUAUAUAUAUAUAAAUAUUAAAGGUAUGGAUACAAGGUAGAAAUGUGGGUUUUUUUUAGCACCUGUAUCCCUCGGUGAUACUGAACAAAGCAGUGGUUUCUGAUACUCGAAGGUAACUUACUUGAGUGUAGCUUGAGCUACUAAAUGCAAUAGCAUUGUCAUUCUGAAGUGUAGCAUUUGGAUACAGUUUGUCAUCCACUACAAAAUAUGGGGAAGGGUAGCUGGGCAUACGAACUGUAGCAUUUAAUAACAAGCUUUUUAAUUGCAACAACAACAACCAGAUAAGCAGAUAACUCAUUAACAGUCAUCUUUAAUACUAUGAAAACCUAUAACGUUAAGGAAAGGGUGGAUUAAAAUGCACCAACAGACUUUAGUUCUUUUACUACUGAGCAGUGCCUGUACUGUGUUAUUAUGCAGUCACUACACACUUGAUUUCCUCGGGUAUGCAAACUGUUUAAGAGGAGAUACCAUUUCUGCAGAUAACUUCUGCAUCUAUUGCUGCUGUGAGGAAUCUUUCGGUUUUAUCAACAGAAAAAUAAAAGUUAAAUUUCACAUG